GGGGGGCUGCUUCGGAGGCAUCUCUCCGUUCGUCUUGUUUCCUGUUGCGGCUUCAGGAUCAUGGCGUCCAAGCAACAGCAGUCGUCACAGCAACAGCCCAAUGCCUUGCCCACCUACGAGACCUUGAAGUUGGAACGGGUCCGAGAUAAAGUGCUGCACGUGGAGCUCAACCGUCCUGAGAAAAGGAAUGCCAUGAAUAUCGCCUUUUGGAGGGAGAUGGUCGAGUGCUUCAACAAGAUUGCCGAGGAUUCCGAAUGUCACGCAGUGGUGAUCUCGGGUGCUGGGAAAAUGUUCACUGCAGGCAUUGACCUCAUGGAGCUGGGCAGCAUUUUCGUGAUGGCACAAGGUGAUGACAUGGCUCGGAAGGCUUGGAACAUCCGCAAGAAGAUCCAGGAAUACCAAGAGUCCUUCACGGUCCUGGAGAAGUGUCCCAAGCCCGUCAUUGUGGCCGUUCACGGGGCCUGCAUCGGAGGAGACUUGCAUUCUCAGGCCGGAAGAAGCUGCCACAACCUCAACAAUUCCUCUGGCUUCGUUUUCUCCAGCCGCGUGUUCCGAGAUCACGAGUCGAUGCUGCAGGGCGCCUUUGAUUUGGCCACCGAAAUCGCCUGCCGGAGCCCAGUCGCAGUGCAGGGCACGAAAAUUAACCUCGUUUACUCCAGAGACCAUUCCGUGCCCGACGGCUUGAAAUACAUGAUCCGAUGGACCUUGUACUCGUACGUUCAGACCGAGGACAUCAUCAAGUCCGCUCAAGCUGUGAUGGAGAAGAAGACCCCCAAGCAAGUGGUCUAUUCCAAACUGUAGAUGGAAGCCUGUGCCUGCCCCGAAGCAAGGGCUGUGCGUGUGUG